UUGUGUGUAGUAGGGAAGCUGCUACCCGGUUGUUGACGUGCAUCUGGUCUUUGUUUGCAUCGUAAUCUGAACGUAAAUAGAGCUGAUUUGUUUGUUUACAGAUGGACGGUGUGCCAUGCCUUCGUGUGCCUCAGUGUCAGGCUCAGAAGCUGAGGAGGUCACUACAGUCCAAAGGGGCUCUGGACCUGAGUUUGAGUUUAGUGAAAGACUCAGAUGGGACAGUCCUCCUGCCCAUUUUAGCAUCCUGUUUGUCCCAGCUCGAUCUUCAGUCUCUCAGGACCACUGUGGCUUCAGAUGAUGAUUUUGAAGUAGUUUGGAGUAAGUCUGCUCUGCAGUCAAAAAAAGAGAAAGGAAGGGCGAGUGGUAGUAAACUGGAGAAAGUCCUCCAGGAUCUGUUGGAGUCUCAUGGUGAAAGAUGGACAGAAGAGCUGAAGAGAGACCUCCCUCGCAGUUUCCAGCGACAUGGAGACCUAGUCCUGCUGGGAGACACUUGUUUUGUUCUGCCAUUAUGGGAAAACAUGGAUCAACAGCUUUGGAGCACAGUGGCCAGAGGACUGGGAGCAAAGCGCCUAGCAAAGAUCAGGAGAAUUUCAAGAGAUGGAUUUAGAUCUCCUGAGGUGACGAUGCUGCUAGGAGAGCACAGCUGGGUCAAACAUGUAGACAAUGGCAUUAGUUAUGAGUUUGAUGUUACAAAGUGCAUGUUCUCGGCUGGAAACAUAACAGAGAAGCUCCGGGUGGCUGGAUUUGACUGCAGAGGGGAGACUGUAGUGGAUUUAUAUGCAGGUAUUGGAUACUUCACUCUCCCAUAUCUGGUGCAUGCAAAGGCCAGUCACGUUCAUGCUUGUGAGUGGAACCCCAACGCUGUCGAAGCUCUAAAGAAAAACCUCGAGGCAAACGGAGUGUCUGACCGCUGCACGAUUCACCAAGGAGAUAAUCGCCAACUCCAGUUGUGUGGCGUCGCUGACCGAGUGAACCUGGGUCUCAUACCGAGCUCUGAGGACGGCUGGUCUGUCGCCUGUCGACUGCUCAGGAGAGCAACAGGAGGCAUUUUACACAUACACCAGAACGUUACCUCGCCAGUACAGCACAGUACAGCCGGCGAUGCCCCCCAGAAGGUUUCUGGGAAAAAAGCAGACAGAGAGGUGUGGCAGGCCUGGGCCGAAGACACAGCAAAGCACAUUGCUUCUCUUUUAAAGGACUUCACUGGUACACAGUGGACAACAAACAUCCAGCACAUCGAGCACGUUAAGUCAUAUGCACCUCAUGUUCACCAUGUCGUGCUGGACUUGGAGUGCAGGCCUUCCUGA